GAAAAGGGCAAAGGUAGAGAUAUUCCUCUGGGCUGUGCCGAAUUGAACCGCGCGGCUCGGCGUGAGCCCUGGCGAACAGACAUGAACAGGGGAGACGAGAAGCGGCAGCGCUCCCCGCAGGACCUCGGGAGGUGGCCGUGAUCGGGAAUUGCUCCUGCCAUCGGAUGGGAAUCUGUGCAGCUCUGAUGGGACACGCCACCGGAUCCGACCGCCAAGCCUGCUCUUAAAAGGAAUUGUUCGACAGAAUAUCCAACGGCACUCAAAGCCAGAGACAUCACUAAACACCCUGCUGCCUAACUUUUUAAGUAAUUGGAAAGAACCAAAGGGACAGGCUACACACACUUGGUUAAAAGAUAAUAGUCAUCUCGUUGUUGUAACACGGCCUUUAUUGAAAGCAAUCGCUCCCUCGUCAAUGGAACGCUCGGAAUCGGUUGGGUUGGCUGGACCUCACUGCUGUGUGCUCUGCCAGGCGCUCGAUUGGUGACUCCUUUCAGGCGAUGGGUUUGUCCGAGUUCCGAGGAUUUGCGACUGUGACAGCCUGACCCACCCACCCACGCAGAGCCGAAAAUGUGCAACAUCAGCGAUGACAGCUGCGAUGUCGAUUCAAGGCUGGACAGCCUGUUCCCGCCAACCCUGUACAUCCUUGUCAUUGUGAUUGGACUCCCGACCAACUGCCUUGCUCUGUGGGCCGCCUAUUUGCAGGUCAAGCAGAGGAACGAACUGGGCGUAUACCUCCUCAACCUGUCCAUCUCCGACCUCCUCUACAUCGCCACCUUGCCCCCCUGGAUUAACUACUUCCUCCACCAGGAUAAUUGGAUCCUUGGCCCGGAGUCCUGCAAGCUCUUUGGCUUCAUCCUCUACACCAACAUCUACAUCAGCAUCGCCUUUCUCAGCUGCAUCUCAGUCGACCGCUACCUCGCUGUGGCGCACCCGUUGAGGUUCGCCAAGAUCCGCCGGGUGAAAACAGCGGUCAUCACCAGUGCGGUGGUCUGGACGAUCGAGAUUGGGGCCAACUCUGCCCCCCUCUUCCACAACGAGUUGUUCGAAGACCGUUUCAACCACACCUUCUGCUUCGAGAAGUACCCCAUGGAAAAGUGGGUGGCUCAGAUGAACCUGUACCGAGUUUUCAUUGGGUUCCUAUUCCCCUGGAUCUUGAUGCUCUUUUCUUACCAGGGCAUCCUCAAGGCGAUCAAAGGGAACUUGUCGACAGAGAAGGGGGAGAAGGCGAAGAUCAAGCGCCUAGCGCUGAGCCUCAUCAUUAUCCUCUUGCUGUGCUUUGCACCAUACCACAUCAUCCUGCUCUUGCGGAGCGUCAUGUACCUGAGCAGACCCUGGGACUGUAGCUUUGAGGAGAAUGUCUUUACAGCCUACCACGUCUCGCUGGCUCUCACCAGCCUCAACUGUGUGGCCGACCCCAUUCUUUACUGUCUGGUCAACGAAGGUGCCCGCAGCGAUAUGACGAAGGGCCUAGCACCGCUCCUGAAGUUCUUUGCCAGCUCCAAAUCGACGGACAUUGCCCGGUCAGUCACUCUGGACACUCCCCUCUCCUCUAAAAAAUCCCAAUAUUUCAACAUUGAGCUUGUGGUACUGAGGGAGGAUUGCAUCCAAAUGAAAACUUUGAGUCUAUAAAGAGCUAAGAACUAAAAUAAAAUCUAAGGAUUAUAAAGAUGUUAUAGUAUUGCUACCGUCAUAAAUGUAUUUUUUAUAACAUUCCUGUAUGCGGUAAUGAUUUUUUAAAAACUUAUUUAAAUCAUUUUGAACUGCUCGAGUAAUCCUACCAUCAGGCCUCCAUUUCCCUGCUUUCCCAACUUUGAGUUUUCUAUCUCUUUGUCACAACUGUCUUUGUGCAUGUUGUCUAUCGUUGGUGCACUGGAACGAUCUGAUCUGGACAUCUUGCCCGUCCCCAAGGGUUGCCAACUUUGGCUGAACGGAUUCCUGGAGGUUUCAGCAAUUGACCUACCCCGCCCUCCUCGCUCCUGCUAUUGGCCGCCCAACAUGUCCACCCCCGUGGGGCCAAUUGGAAAGAGAAAGGGCCUCUCUGUUACCCAAUCAGAUGAUGACGGGCUGUCAGCCAAGCAAUUCUUUUUUUUUUGGAAGCCCCUGUGAUUUUCCUCCAAGGUUGCUCCGAACAAUGCCCCUCGAGAUUAGUCUCCAAAUCCUGGAGCCUCCAGCCCAAUUCAGGAGAGUUGGCAACCCUCUCCCCUCCCCCAGUUUGAAAACACUCCAUAUCUGCAUUCUUACAUAACUGUUGGAGGUGGUUGCAAAACUGAACCCCACCAUGAAAAAAUUUGGGAAUGGACAGCACUUGACCAGAUCUGCUUGCCGGUACAACCAUUUAAGCCACUAGACAUAAUUUAGCCAAAAUGUUACAACAGGUAACCAUUGGCCUAGGAUAACCAUUCUGUUUUUUUUAUUCUUUCACAGGAUGUCACUGGCCAGCAUUUAUUGCCCAUCCUUAAUUGCCCUUG